AUGGCAAUUCUUCUGCGUGCCGGGGUGGCGCCCGUCAAGCUGACACUGGCGUACGACGACAAGAUCUAUGAUCAGUACAAGUACUCACAGUACCUGCCCGUCUACGACGAGAAGACGUCAUUCGCUCCGCUGCAGCCGUUCGAGUUCAACGACCGCGGGCUCGCAUCACACAGGGAGAAGGCCGACCUCUUGCCCAAGGGCCACCCGGGCCUUCAGCUGUCGCGGCUCGACAGCAGACAAAAGGACGAGCUCGCGCUUCUGAUCGCCGAGCGGGUCGUCGUCGUCUUCCGCGACCAGGACUUCAAGGACAUCGGUGCCGAGAAGCAGAAGGAGUUCGGGCGUUCCUUUGGUCCCCUCCACAUCCACCCCGUGGGUGCCCACGUCAGGGAGAACCUCGAGUUCCACAACAUCUACCUGGGUCCGGACAACGAAUCCCGCAACCGGAGCAAGAGCAACAAGCUGUCGACCAUCGGGUACCACUCGGACGUUUCGUACGAGCACCAGCCGCCCGGCGUCACGAUCCUCACGCUGCUGUCGGUGCCCGAGACCGGUGGCGACACGGCGUGGGUGUCGCAGACGGCGGCGUAUGCGCGGCUCUCGGGACCGAUACAGACGCUCUUGGAGGGGCUGAGGGCAGAGCACAGCGGGUUUCCUCAGGCGGACAACGCGCGCCGGGAUGGAAGGUUUGUGAGGAGGGAGCCGGUCAAGUCGGAUCAUCCGAUUGCCACCGGCCAAAAGGCAUUGUUCGUCAAUCCCGGCUCCGCGAAGAAGAUCAUUGGGCUUCGAGACGAAGAUUCGGACGCGCUGCUGAAGCUGCUCUGCAAGCACAUCAACCGCGGCCAAGAUUUCCAGGUGCGCGUCAAGUGGGAAGAGGGAACGGUGGCGCUGUGGGACAACCGCGUAACGGCGCACACGGCCAUCUCGGACUACUACAACGUCCAUAACCCACAGGAGGGACUGCGGCACGGGUUCCGGAUCACAGCACUGGUGGAUAAGCCGACGGGGGUGAACGGCCUGGAAUCCACAUGGUGA